CAGGCCAUAAAGGGUCCUAUGGCUACCAGAAGCUGAAAGAACGGUUGCCAGGUCACAAGGGAAAGGCAUUUUUCUGUUCCGAAAACUCAAGGAUGUCAUUGACUGGAGGAAGGAUGGGGUCCGUACAGAUGAUCAGAAAGAUGAAACUCAAGUAGAGAAUUAUGUAGCUCAGUGCUAUAUUGAAAACCCAUAUUUAAUAGGAGGUCGAAAGUUUGACUUGAGAGUUUAUGUUCUAGUGAUGUCUUACAUCCCGCUGAAGGCCUGGUUAUACCGGGACGGCUUUGCUCGCUUCUCCAACACACGCUUCACUCUAAGUAGCAUAGAUGAUCAUUAUGUGCAUCUCACCAAUGUAGCAGUGCAGAAGACUGCACCUGACUAUGAUCCAGAGAAGGGCUGCAAGUGGAUGAUUCAGCGGUUCCGACAGUACCUGACUGCCAAGCACGGGGCAGAAGUGGUGGAGACUCUUUUUGCAGAAAUGGACAACAUUUUCAUCAAGAGCCUACAGAGUGUUCAGAAAGUGAUCAUCAGCGACAAACACUGUUUUGAACUGUAUGGAUACGACAUCCUGAUAGACCAGGAUCUCAAGCCCUGGCUUCUUGAGGUUAAUGCUUCUCCCUCCCUCACUGCCAGUAGUCAGGAGGACUAUGAGCUCAAGUGUCGCCUUCUCAAGGACACAUUGCAUAUUGUGGACAUGGAGGGCAGGCUGACAGGGAAGGAGAAGCGUAUUGGGGGCUUUGACCUGAUGUGGAAUGAUGGUCCAGUCAGUAGAGCAGAAGGGAAUGUGGAUACACCAGUAAACGGAAGCUUCAUGGCAAACACACAUUUAGGCUACAACAAUGACAGGAAAAAACAGCUGAAGCAGCUCUUCAAAUCUCUUCCUACCCAGCAGAAAGUUCAAUGCUGACCCAGAGCAUGCGGCAAGAGAAGUCACUGAGGAUUGAGCUCUUUUGCUCCCUCUUCCUCAUCUUGUAGAGCUGCAGUUCUCAUUUGUCUCUGGACAGUUUCGCUGCCUCAGCAUAAGACUGCUGGCCAUUUCUUGGUUCCUUAGGCUUUUCCCUGCGUGGGAAUCUUAGUUUUCAUAAGCCAGAGCAACAAUAGACGUGGGUUGGCUUUUAACUUGGACAUGAUGCAAUCAGGUAUUUUGGUGAUGGUCCGUUGUGGCUGACCAGUUCUUCGGUAAAGAAUUCAUCUGUUUUGUUCCACAGUGCAGGCUGUAGCAAGGCUGUCAACUGGCUACCACGUACGACUAUAGAUCAGCUGUACACGCCACAUUGCAGACAAAAAGCACUCCUAUCCAUCACUGACUCUGUAUACGUUGCAAUGGAUAUGAAUAAAAUAUGUAAUGCCUCGGUGCUGGUAGAAAUCCAGAAGAAGUGCUGCUUCACUGGUCCUCAAUUUGAGGUUAUUGACAUGAGUAGUUUUCCUUUAAAGUGUAAGCUCUAAAAGGGGCUCUACAGACUCUGCUCACUCAAACAGAAGCUUUUCAGAAAGGUGGGCAUUUGAGCCUCAUGCUGCUACUACUAUAGAAACACGGCCCAUCGUAAGGCCUGUUGCCAUGAUACAGUAACAAUAACCUUCCCGUUCUAUUUUAUGAAGGCACUGAGAGUGGCUCCACUAUGCUGGUUACAUGUUAUAAUGAAGGGAUUUAGUACCUUUGAGCUAGGAAAAGUAACUUUACCACCCUCUUACAGAAGAGAGAAUUUUCUGGAAAGCUACAGUGAGGCUAUUCACUAAUGGGAACCAUUUUUAACUGCUAAAUCUGUAAUUUAAGCCUUAAGCCUACAGUGCAUAGCCUUGCUUUUAGCAGUUGGAAGUUUAUGUGGAUGUAGCUCUAAAUCCUAUACAUUAGCUAGUUAAAUACAGCCAACUUUAAAAAAAAGCACUCAAGCAAAGCUGAUAGAUUUACCAAAACAGCCCGUCUUAAGGAGAGUGGAACAGGCCUAUUCUGGUGCAAACCCACUCCUCCUGAGCUCUAUUCAAAUUUUAUAUUUGUGCAAAACUGAACAAAACACAGUGCAUAUUGGUGUGUAUGUGCCUGCCUAGCUGUCUGGGAGAUUGGCUGAGAGCUAACAAUUACAGUUGUUCUGUUUAAAGUUUAAACACCUGGUGCUCAAAGCUGUUCACCCAAUCCAGCAGGAGGCUGAGUGCUAGACAAAGAUGAAGGGUCAGCUACAGUUCUCUGUGCUGAGAGUACAAAAAUCUGCCAAAACAGAUGCAGUUGUUUCACUGGCUUGCUAGCUAUGCCUACUCCCCAGCCCUCAAAUUGAAACCAGUGUUUUAAACUAAAAUCCCCCACCCAAAACCACGUUCACUAAUCUAGGGCACACUUUCAAGCAAUGCAAACACUAAAAAUGAAAAAAGAAUGAAAGUGAUUCUGCUAGGCCCCAAACUCCCUUUGCUGUAUUCAGAGGGAAUCAAGUUACAGCCGUAUCUCUGACUUUUUCCAAAUUAAAUAGCACUAACCAGACAAAACACACCUACCACUGGCCGCACUAGGGAAGCGAUGAAAUAUGAAGGAGAGCUGCUCAUGGUGGAAUCACCUUCAUUCUUUUCCUUUGGUUUUUGCAUUAACUGAGAAGGUGUGUGUUUUGUAGAGGAUAUUAAUAUAUGAUUAAUAUUUACUAAACUUUACCUGAGCUAGUGUGGGGAAGAAAACCUUCAUUUCUAGAGAGAGGACAGCAGGCUUUUCUUGUCACUGUAUGCUCCUCUUCCCCAGGCCCAUGCACAAACAUAAGCAGUCAUAUUUACCAUUUCAUUAGCGCAAUUAGGAGCAAAGGAAUUACUAGACAGGGGAUUUAUCUAGUCCGCUAUCCUGCUGCCAGCAGCAGCUGCUUCCAACUGCUUUACAGAAAGGUUCAAGAAAACCUGCUGUAGGCAGUUACGGGAUAAUCUACCCCCAGGGAAGUUUCCUCCUAAUUCCCCAUCGUACACAGCUCCUCCAUCUCCAGUCCAAAUACACCUCUAUCUCGUUAUAGCGCUGUCCUUGGGAGCCAAAAAGUCUUACUGCGUUAUAGGUGAAACCAUUAUACUGAACUUGCUUUGAUCCGCCGGAGUGCGCAGCCCCGCUGCCCCGGAGCACUGCUUUACCGCGUUGUAUCCAAAUUUGUGUUAUAUUGGGUCGUGUUAUAUCGAGGUAACGCGGUAGUUAGAAUUUGUCUGAAACACGAGGGUGUAAUUUUUUAAACACUACUAUAGCUCUGGCGAGUCUUGUUAUCCACCAGUGUUUAAUCCUUUUUUGAAUCCUGCUGUUAGCCUCAAUGGUAUAUUGUAGCAAUGGGUUCCAUGGGCUAAUUGUGUGAAAAGUAUUUCCUCCUUUAUAUCAGUUUUGAAUUAAUCAUUUAUCAAUUUCAUUGAAUAGCCCCUUGUUCUUGUAUUGAGACAGGAUGAGUAGAGACACCUAAUCUCUCUUCUCUAGACCAUUCAUUGGUUUGCAUACUUCUGUCCCCUUCCCUAAUGCAAACAAUCCCACUUCUUCCAAAUCUCUUCUUACAAGUUUAGACAUAGGAUACUAGCUCAGAAGUACACCCUUCAGAUUAGCAGGCACUCAAGUAUCUACUGUACGCUUAAAAAAAAAA